CUUGAGAUGAAAGCAGGAAAAGCAGCAGCUCUGUCCGCCACUGAUGCACCCGAUCCUCCGGACCUUAAGGUGGCGCUGAAGAGGGAGCGUGAAGAACAUCAACACCUGCUGGCUGAAUCCUACGCGGCUGUGAUGGAUCUAACAAAACAGCUGCAGAUCGGAGAGAGGAACUGGGGCAGAGAGAAGCUGGAGCUGCUGGAGAGGUUCAGCCAGGAGAGAGCUCAGUGGGAGCAGAGACUGGGAGAGGCCACUGCACAACAGGGGAAG